AUGCUUCUUGGCAAAACAUUGCUUGGAUCCAUAUUGGGAUUCGCUGUUAGCUCAACAGCGCGAAUCAUCGCCACAGAUGAAGUCCCCUUGCUCGGUCCAUCCUUCCUCUCCAACUUUGAUCCCUCUAAUUCAACCGCGAUCAGCCACGCCAGAUCGGAGUUCCCUGGCUUGAUCGAUAACCUCUUCUCGGCUGGCGCUCUUAACCGCACGGAUUUGGCCUUUCACAUUGACGUGUUUUCGGCUGCUACCAAUAAAUCCAUCUACAGCUACUCGCACGUCGGAGAGAACUCCAAAAAGUCUGUUACAUCUGGAGAAUUCAAUGACAAGACGAUCUCACGCCUUGGAAGCGUGACAAAACUCUUCACUGUCUACGCAAUCAUCGCCAAGGCCGGUAUAGAAGUAUUCAGCCACCCGGUGACGAAGUACCUCCCCGAACUGGCGGGUAAUCCAGCCAAUGACCCAUUGGAGAGCAUACGCUGGGAGGAUAUCACAGUCGGAGCACUGGCAUCUCAGCAAGCUGGCUCUGGAGGUGCCGCUGACUUCCUCAUAGACUACGCGGACCCCGAGAGGCCAUCUCAAUACUCAGCCGAAGAUCUUUUGAGAUUCUUCCGCGACGAGAAAAAGCCGGUGAUUUCUCCAUUCCGAAAUGCUGUCUAUUCUGAUGGCGGCUUUGCGAUCCUAGGGCAGGUACUUGCGCGCCUGUCGGGGAAGACUUAUAGCGAAGCUGUCCAAGAGGUUCUCUUCGACCCACUGGGCCUGGAGUCCAUGUCGACGAAAGUGCCAACAGGUCCUGAUCUUAACGUUAUCGAUCGCCGCACCAUUGACAAGAACACAUCAUGGGGUGGUGACAUAGAAAUUGUUGCAUCAACUGGCAGUUACUAUUCCAACACUGCAGACCUUCGCACCGCAGGUCUUGCCAUCUUAAACUCCGAGCUACUUUCCCCCGCCACAACAUCGCAAUGGAUGAAACCCACCAUUGGAACUGGCAGUCUGGUCGAGCUCGUCGGUGCCCCAUGGGAAAUUUCUCGCCUAGAGAUCCCCGUUACCCCAGGCUCAAACCGCACUCGGAUCUCAGAUCUUUACACCAAGGCCGGCGGAAACGUCGAUUACACAGCCAUUUUUGCGCUGUCCCCGGACCACGGCAUCGGCUACUCCAUCCUGGUAGCCGGUUUCACUGCGACGCCCGCCCGCUGGCCCCUACGCGACGUGGUUGGCGAGACGUUCAUCCCCGCAGCUGAGCACGCCGCUGCAGAGAAUGCCAAGCGAAACCUGGCCGGCACGUUCGUCGACCAGGCGUCGCCGGAUACGAACCUGACGCUGUCUGUUGAUCGAGGCCGCCCCGGGCUCGGGCUGAAAUCGUUCUGGCUUAAUGGUACCAACGCCCGCGAUCAUGCGCAUUGGCGUCUCUACCCGACUGGUCUUAACUCGUUCUCGAAGUCGUUGUCUUCCUUGUACAAGGCCAAGGGUAAUCUUCGUGUGGCGCACCGGAUGGUGCAGCCGCAGCCCCCGAUGAAGCCUCGUGCUGCUGUGGAAGGUGGGAAGGGAGGGUUGUUUGAUAACUCGUUUGUGUGGAUGAACCUUGACUUUGCGGGGCCCUCUGACGAGUUUAUUCUCAACCUGGUUGAUGGACGACUUGUCAGUGUUGAGUAUCCGACUACCGGUUCCGUUCUCAAGCGAGUUUGA